GGGGACAGCCCGGAGUGUGCGGGGACAGCCCCGAGUGUGCCCGCCCGGGACUGCCCCCGGGGCACGGCGCUGACCGGGGCGGUGCUCGGGGCCGGGGGAGCCGCACCGGCAGCGCCCCGGCGUUGGGCUGGGGGCGCGGGGCUGCCAGCCAAGGGGCGAUGGAGGGCACGGAGGGACUCCCGGUGCUCUCCCGCAUCCUCGGCUGGGCGGGGCGGGUAAAGGCAGCCGCCCAGGUUGAUGCCGGGGUGGGCGCCGAGCAUAGACUGGCGGGUUCUGAUCGUUCCGUGCCUCCCGAGUGGGCCCCGUGUCCGCUUCUCGCCGGUGUGACCGCGUCCGGCUGUCCCCAUGUGUGUCCCCGUGUCCCGCAGGCGGCUGUGCAGCCCCGGCCGCAGCGAUGGAGCCGCGGUGCCGGCCCUGGCUGCAGCGCUGUCCCCGGCCGUGCCGCCUCCUGCUGCACGCCCUGAGCUCCGGCCCCGCGGGGGCCACGGCCGCGCUGCGGGCGCUGCAGCGGGGCCGGCCCCAGCAGGGACCGGGGCUGCCGUUCCCCUGGCCGGCUCUCAGCGCAGCCCUGUGCGCCGAGGAGCCCUCGCUGGAGGGCCCACAGGACGCCCUGGCCGUCAAGCCGCGGCUGCUGCUGCUGCCCGUUCUGUGCCAGAGGAACCUCUUCUCCCUGCUCCUGGUGGUGCAGGAUGCAGUGCCACGGGACUGCCUUCGCCAGCUGCUCCAGGCCUUGCAGCAGGAUUCCCGCGUGGAUCCCUGGGUGCAGGCACUGGGGGAUCUGCUCCAGCAGGGACCACGGGCAGAGGAGAGCUCCCCACGUCCCACUGCCCUGUCUGCUGCGUGCCAGCAGCAGCUUAGGGGCCUGUGCCAGAAAAUUGCCCAGAAGAAACCAGAGGGACAAAGAAAACUGAGCUGGUGCUUCAGCAAGCAGGCUGGUGCCCCUGAGUCUGUGCCUCGAGGUGGGAAGCGUAAGGAAGUGUCAGGGGAGAGCCUGGAGUUGGGCAGUGACAGAGAGGGGAAGGAGGAGGUGGCAUGUGAGCCCCAGGAAUGUGGAGAUGUGGCAGAGGUGGAAGAGGAGGUGCCUGAGGAGCCUCCAGGGGACACACGUGCUCAGAGCACAGAGAAGGCUGCUCAGGACAGCUCCCAGCAGGAUGCAGCUGGGGAGCCCAGGAGGAUUUCCCAGACAGAGCUGGCAGCAGAGGUCCAAUCCUUUGUCCAGGUACUGGGUAGGGUUUGCUGUCCCCUUGCAGCCCCAGGGAGCCUUUACAGCCUGAUUCCCAUUCCUUCAUCUCAUUUCCCUCAGGUGCAUGGGCAGGGGCUGAAGAUGCUGCUGCUGCAGGAGUCCAGUCACCCGGAGCUGCACCCCCCCUCCAAGCUGAGCAUCCUGAACUCCUGCACGCCCAGCCAGCUCGAGGGGCUGUGCUCCUUCCUGCAGCUCUCCACGUGCCCCGAGCCCUCCCUGGGGCGUUUCUGCAGCUGGCUGCUGCCUCUGAGCCCGGCCCUCAGCCACACCAGCGCAGCCAUCCUGGCACAGCAGCUCUUCCUCAGGCGGGUACGUGCCAUGGCAGUGGAGAUUCCUGCUCCCCGUUCCCCUCUCCGCUGUCCCCAGCUCCUGCCUUUGUGUCCCCAGGUGCUGGCCCUGACCCAGCCGCCUUCCCGACACCUCAUGGCUGCCCUGACUUCGUUUUGCUCCAAGUAUUCCCAUCCCCUGUGCCGUGUGCUGGUGGCUGCAGUGCUGCAGGGGCCAGGGGAAGGUGCUGAGCAGACCAAGCUGCUGUGUGAGCUGGUGGAGGAGUGCCUGGAGCCCCACUCUGUGCAGCUGGUGCUGAGCCAAGUCCUGGAGGUGCCUUUGUCAGAGAAGCUCCUGCCAGUGCUGCAGGCCGUGCUGGGGCGGCAGGUGAGGAGCCCACCUUGUCCCACGGGUGUCCUUGGUGACUCCAGCAGUGCUGGAGCAAGGACCCACCCUCCUUGGCUGCCCCUGGGCCUUUUCCAGGAGGUGCUGCCCCCUGAGCUCCUGGAUCUGCUGGUGCUCACUCUGUGCCAGCAGGCUCCAGCCUUUGCCACGUCGCUGAACUUCGCCAGGCUGGUGACGGCCGUGCUCACGGCGUACCAGAGCCAGGUCAGCCCAGCUCACAGGAGCAGCCUGGCUGCUGUCCUGGACCGGAGCACUGCGGCGCUGAAGAAAUCCCUGCAGGCUGUGCUGGAAGGGGCCAGGUGAUCACCCAGAGGAAUCGUGAGGGGGCAGCUUCCUUGUGUGGAGGGCACAGCAGCAGCCACAGCCGCCCUCACUGCGUCCUCCCUGCUCAGGUGGGACCCCGAGAGUGGGGUCUGCUCCCCACAGAGUGCCCAGGGCAGCACCUGGGCUGAGGGGGCUCCUGCUGGGCAGUGCCAUCGCAGCCCCCCUCGCUCCUGGGGCUCACAGGGGUCUUGGUUGAACAAUCCACGUGUUCCCAUGAACAAUCCAUGUGUUCCAUGAACAGUUCACGUGUUCCCAUGAACAAUCCAUGUGUUCCCAUGAACAAUCCUUGUGUUUCCAUGAACAGUUCACGUGUUCCCAUGAACAAUCCACGUGUUCCCAUGAACAGUUCACGUGUUCCCAUGAACAAUCCACGUGUUUCCAUGAACAGUUCAUGUGUUCCCAUGAACAAUCCACGUGUUCCCAUGAACAAUCUACAUGUUCCCAUGAACAGUUCACGUGUUCCCAUGAACAAUCCACGUGUUCCCAUGAACAAUCCACGUGUUCCAUGAACAAUCCACGUGUUCCCAUGAACAAUCCAUGUGUUUCCAGGUGCUUCUGUGUGUUCUCCUGCCACACUCUACAAGGUGACCUGGCCCCCCAAGGCUGUGGCCGGGCUGUGGGGGCCAGGCAGGACACAGCCCAUGGAGAACUUGCAGUUCCUGAGUUUUUACUGCCCCAAACCCAUCCCUGAGCCAGGACAGACAUUGAUUUGAGGCUGUAUGGAGUUGAUCAUUCUGGAUUUAGUUCAGUAUCCUGAUUUUACCUCAGCUCAUUCCAAGGCACGAGCUCUGUUCCUCCCCAUAGCCAGGCAGUGGUGCAGGCUGGGCUGCUGCUUUGUGUCUCUGAUCUGCUGGGAUUUACAGAUCUCUGGGUGCAGGAGAGCAGGAUUUAACUGAAUUCCAGCUGAGUUUAGCUGGGAAAUUUGAGUGUUUUGCUUUAAAUCCACCUUUCUUUCCUGUUUGCCUGGCCCAUGAGGGACCUGCUGUGUGUGACACAUUUCUGGUGAUGAUGACACUGCUCAUGGCCCUAACAGUGCUCGUGUGGCACGACUCUGCUCAAAGUUCUGUCCUGUAUUCUUGAAAGUACCCACUGGAAACCUCACCCAGGCACCUCCUGGUCUGAGAACGGGGAAGAGAAGGUUGGGACAGAGACUCAGGCAGGUAGAGCUGGGGUUUCAGUGGAGGUUUUGAAGCUUUGGAUACUCCAGGAGCUAUUUAAAAAUCCAUAAACAUCUACAAAGGGAGAAGGAGAAUUAGAACAUGCAGGUGUGACUGCUCCAGGUGUGCUCAGUAAUGUUCAGAUCCCAGCCAGAGGAAGGAAACUGUGAAGCAUUAGGUGACACUCUUAGGGCUUCUUUUAAUAUAAUAGAGACCAUAAAAUAAUAAAUCAGCCUUCUGAAAGGUGGAGCCAAGAUUCACAUCUCUUCCCUCGUCCAGGGGACCCUCAAACAGCACCACAAUCAGCGGCUUGAGCUGGU